UCCCGCCCCACCCUGCACCAGGCCACGCCCAGGCGCGUGACAUCAGCACGCCCGUGCGUCGCGUCGCGUCGCGUCGCGGCGCUCACUGGGGCCCGGCUUUCGCCCGCUGCUGCCGCCGCCGCCGCCGGCUGCGGCUGCUCUCCCAAGAUGGCGGCUCCUCCUGGCGAGUACUUCAGCGUUGGGAGCCAGGUGUCGUGCCGGACGUGCCAGGAGCAGCGGCUGCAGGGCGAGGUGGUAGCCUUCGACUACCAGUCCAAAAUGCUGGCUUUAAAAUGUCCUUCCUCAAGUGGAAAGCCCAACCAUGCAGACAUCUUGCUCAUAAACUUACAGUAUGUUUCAGAAGUGGAAAUAAUUAAUGACCGAACAGAAACCCCUCCUCCUCUAGCUUCACUCAAUGUUAGUAAGCUUGCCAGCAAAGCACGGACAGAGAAGGAGGAGAAGCUGAGCCAGGCCUAUGCAAUCAGUGCUGGUGUCUCCCUAGAGGGCCAGCAGCUCUUCCAGACCAUUCACAAGACUAUUAAAGACUGUAAAUGGCAAGAAAAAAACAUCGUAGUCAUGGAAGAAGUUGUUAUUACACCCCCAUAUCAAGUGGAAAACUGUAAAGGCAAAGAGGGGAGUGCACUGAGCCAUGUACGCAAAAUAGUUGAAAAACAUUUUAGAGACGUGGAAAGCCAAAAGAUACUGCAGCGUUCACAAGCCCAGCAACCACAGAAGGAGGCUGCCCUGUCAUCCUGAGUCCACACAUCUGGAGGACUCUUCCAACAGCCAGCCAGGAAGGCGGUGGUGGUGGCUUCAGCGGAGGCAGGCCGGGGGAGGGAAGGGAUCCUAUAUUUCCUGUUGGCUCUUGUUAACAGAGGGUCAGCAUUUCCAAAUCUUAGACUUGAACAAACAAAACACCCAACAAAAAAGAACAAGAGAAUAAUUUAAGAGUUGAAUCAUUACUUGACUAACAGACUUCAGUCCACCAUGUCCUUUUCACAGCCCCCUUCUGGAACAGUCACCUUGUUAAUUUUAUUUUUGAAAAUUCUGUUCCUUUCCUGCUUUGCCCUCUUGACUUUCCUUUCCUAGUCUGUUCCCUGUUAAUCUGUUUUUAUAAGUGGCUACACUUGCCUUCUCAAUGAUGGAAAGAAACUUUUACAUCUUCUCUUCCAAAAUAAAAGUAACAAGCUGACUGUGAUACUUAAGUUGAGACCAGCGCAGCAGACAGAGGUCUCACUUUAAAUUUUUAUUUUUAUUUUUAUUUUUUUCCUUUUUCUCCCCCCACCUUUUUUUUUUUUUUUUUUGCACAGGGCAUGGCUUGAAUUAGUUUUAUUUUUCUUAACUUUAAAUAUAUAUAUGAAAAUAUAUAUUAAAAUGUUCUCUAAAUAUUUUCUGCUUUUUGCAGGUCUCUUUUUACUAGAUCAUGGCCGCUCCUUCCACCUCAUCCCUCUGAAAAUAAAAUGUAUUGUCCUCCCCACCACCUGUAGCCAGGCACCUAACUGGACUUAGUGCACAGUAAGAAUCUCCUGCAGCACUUUGUAGGGCCAGUGUCUGCAGAUGGAAUUCGGGGUUUGAGGGUCCCUGAUGGCUUUGUUGUCUUUAAUUGUGUAUGUAUCAGUCUCACAUUUGGCCACAACCUCAGGAUUCUCCCUCUGCCUUUUGUCUUACUUCACGGUACUAGAAGAACCUCCUCAUCUCUCUCCUAGAUAAGAGAGCCAGCUUCCCUUGCUUCUGUGCCCUCUGCAGGAAGAACUGUUUUGCACGGCAUAGCUCAGCUCCUCCUUCUUGACGGAUGACUUUCUUUAAUAAGGCACCUGGAGUCCACCCCCCGAUCUUUCUUGAAAUCCAUGUCCAGAGCCAUUAGCUCAGGAAAAAGCUUGGGUGACCUACAGUUUCUCUUUGCCUGCCAACCUCCUACUUCUGUGGUCCUCGCCCCUUAAGUUUUAUAAGCUUAUCAUAGUUUGUAUGUGCUCAGCUGAUGGGCAGAAAGCCUGGAAGACUUUCUAGCCUUUUAGCCCACCAGUCUGGUUUUGACUAACCUGCUGAGAGCUACAUCUGGCACCUAAUGCCCCUGUGCCUUUAGGCAGUCAUGUGGGGCAGAGGGUGCCACCGUUAGAAUAUCAGGCACCAAGUGGGAUGUGGGUGAUGCUCACGUGACUGGCUAGAGGUGGGCGUGGGGGAGUUAAUUACUAUUUUUUGGCCAUGAUCUCUUUCCCCUUCCUUUUUUUUUUUUUUUUAAUUAAAUAAAUGGAUCAAAAUUAAAUAAUUCAAGCCCUGCCUUCAAAAUGAAUUUUUUUUUAGUAUUGUUUAGCAAAAACAAUAAAGCCCAAAUUUUUUUAACCAUCA